UGCAACGGGUUAACCUCAUUUAAAGUGUGUUGUUAAUUUGAUUGUGUGUGGUACAUUGAGUUUGCAUUGUUGUAAAUUGGAGAAUCCUGUGCAUCUGAUUUUAUUUAUUUUAUUUGUUUAUUUUCCUAAAAUACAUUCAACUAGUAUUUCAUUUUGUGAAUAAAUAUGUGAAUGAAUACUUUUACAUUUAAAAUACAGUUGUGGUGGUCAUUUAUUAAAAUUAUCUAACAGUAACAUAUGAAUAAAAGUUGUAGUUUCCUACAACGAGCCCAGGCCCAGUCUUAUUGUAUUAACCACUCUAGAUUUAUUAUUUAACUACAUCGGACAAGGGUUACAUAAAAUGGAGGCCCCGCUGGGAUAAUAUUAAACUAAAAUGAAUUAGACAAGCAAAAGUAACAUGACCCCACAACUUUAAGAGCAUUUAUUUAAAGUAACGUGCUAACAGUAACUAGAAGUAAUUAAAGUAAAGUACAACAAUGGCAGUCCUAGCAAACAGUCCAUCACAACGUGAGCUAAUUAACUGGUGCAAAGGAGAAUCAGUAGAUUUAAAGCAUGCCUUCCUGUUACAUGGAGUGCCUGAAGGUGUUUCAAGAGAAGACAUUGAAGAAACAGCAGGGACCAUCAAAACUUGGGGAAGAGUUAGAGUUAAGGGAAAAAUGUUUCACCAUCAACAGCAAUCGCUGAUGGUGUUAUGUGAGUGUCGUGAAGAGAUCGACCCCUCUAAAAUCCCACCUGAGAUAAUGCCUAUAAGUGGAGGAAGUAGUUGGAAAACUAUCUGCUACACAGAGCCUCAGCUUGAUAACUUUGAAGAGAAGCUACUUACCUUUUUGCAGAGUGAAGGGAGAACCUUGGAGGACAUCAAAGGUCUAUGUUCCCCCACCAAAGAAAGUAACAGCAACCCUGAAGACAUCAUCCGUGCAGUCGGUGAUGUUAUGAGCAGAACAAACAAACAACCUGACAGUCACCCAUACAGACGUCUGCGGACAUUCUCCGGGAUCAGUCCCACUCCCACUGGAGAAGAGACCUUAGACAACUGGUUGGAGCAAGCAACACUCUUAGUAGAGGAAGUUGAGUGCUCAGACAAAGAGAAACGACGUCGGAUACUGGAAAGUCUCAAAGGGCCCUCCUUUGAGAUCAUUCAAGCUGUGCGCCUGACUCAACCUGAUGCUAGCCCACGUGAGUACAUAGAGGCUAUAGAGAGCAUUUUUGGUACAGUAGAGUCCUCAGAAGAACUAUAUCUGUCGUUCAGAGCCCUCCACCAACAGCCUGGUGAGCGUCCGUCUGAGUUCCUACGAAGAGUAGAGAGAUCUCUUGUCAAAGUAGUACAAGGAGGUGGCUUACCUGUUAGCGCUGCCAACAGCACUCGUUUAGAGCAGCUUCUUAGAGGGUCCACCUCUGAACUCAUGUUGUUACAGUUGAAAAUUAGGGAGCGGAGUAGUAAUCCCCCUACAUUCUUGAACCUGUUAAGAGAAGUGAUGGAAGAGGAAGGUCGCCAGUCAGCCAGACAAAGCCAAGUGUCACACCUGCGUCCUCAGCGUGUACGCACCGUCCAAGCUGAAAAGGAGAAAGAACCUGAAUCAGUCUCUAGGAGUGAACUGCAAGCUCGGAUUCAAGAAUUGAGAGCGCAGUUAGAGCAGAGAAGCAACCCACAACCUCAGCCACCAUCUGAUGAGUCCUUUAACGGUCUUACAGAGAAACAAAAACAGAGAAAUGAGUCACAGAGUGAACUGCAAUCACUAAAGAAACAAGUGAAAGCACUAGAAAGUAAAAUGAGUGUAAUGGCAGUGAAUUACACAUCAGAACAAACACCCCAGCCACACCGAUACAAAGCAGCUACGGGUUACAAGCCCGCUCAUUCCAGAGUCUCCUCUCCCCGACAAGACAAUGAUGAGUUUUUCUGUUAUCGGUGUGGGGAAAAUGGCCACAUAGCCACCAGAUGUACUGCCCCUGAGAAUCUUCAGAAAGUCAUUAGAAAACUCAUACGCUUGGCGCGUGUUUCCCCUCUUUCCCACAAAGAGAACCCGCAGCCUGCAGCUGAAGAACACUGUGUAGCUAGAACCAAUAAGGUUGAAGUCCCAGAGACCAACACUGACUUACCUGAAGGUCUUGUAGGUCCAUCAUUUAUUCACACCAUCAAAGUUAAUGAUGUAGUCUGCGAUGCUCUCAUCGACAGUGGGUCUAAUGUGACUAUCAUCUUUGAAAGCUGGUAUAACAAACACUUACUUGCUGUCCCGAUAAAACCCCUCCCUGGCCUUGGACUCUGGGGCCUUGCUGACACUGAGUAUCCUUACAAAGGAUAUGUUGUUGUUGAGAUGGAGUUUUCAGAAGAGAUCACUGGUGUGACGGGACGAGUAGAAGUGCUCGCCUUGAUUUGUCAUGAGCCAAGAAACCAACAACAAACCCCUGUGCUGGUUGGAACCAACACAUCUCUGUUCCGCCGACUAUGGGAACUGGCGAAGACAAAAGGUGACGAGAACACUGUGUACUCAAUGAGAAUACAGUCUGUUUAUGCCCCUGUUAAAGCACAAGAGCAGUCAACAAAAAAUGAAGUCUUGGGACAGAUAAAGUGGGAAGGACCCGGUUCACUCUCCAUUGCUCCAGGUGCAAAGUACUAUGCAACGUGCAAAGUGGAAAGACAGAGUGCCCCGUCCAAGGAUCUUGUACUGAUUGAUGCACCCACUGACCAGUUGCUCCCCAACAGUUUGCUGGUACAGCCUGGUGUGCUCUCAGACGCCAACAUAGACAACAACAGUUUCACUGUCCUCAUUCAAAAUGAGUCCAAAAAGACAACUUCAAUCCCAGUUGGGACCGUUGUUGCUGAGAUGUAUGCUGUGGACACAGUUACCCCAGUCAGGCCUUCCGACCUCACAGCUGAAACCAUAGACCCAAGUCUCUUUAAUUUCGGAGACUCUCCCAUUCCCAAAGAGUGGAAGAGUCAGCUUCAGCAGAAGUUAGCUGAGAGGCGGAAUGUUUUCUCACUGCAUGAGUGGGAGGUUGGUCGUGCAAAGGGUGUUGAACACCACAUACGCCUGCAUGACCCCAGACCCUUCAGGGAAAGGUCAAGGAGACUAGCCCCUGCAGACAUAGACGAUGUGCGGCGGCACAUACAACAACUGCUGGCAGCUGGAAUUAUCACAGAGUCCCGUAGCCCAUACGCCUCACCGAUCGUUGUAGUUCGCAAAAAGAAUGGGAGUAUAAGAAUCUGUAUCGACUACAGAACACUCAACAACCGCACCACACCAGACCAGUACACAAUGCCACGCAUUGACGACGCCUUGGAUUCUCUAUCCGGCAGCCAAUGGUUCUCAGUCCUAGAUCUGCGCAGUGGCUAUUACCAGAUAGAGAUGGCUCCGGAGGACAAAGAGAAGACAGCGUUCAUUUGCCCUCUUGGUUUCUAUCAAUUUGAGCGCAUGCCACAAGGAAUCACAGGAGCGCCGGCAACGUUUCAGCGCUUAAUGGAAAAAGCUGUUGGGGAUAUGCAUCUUCUGGAAGCUCUCGUGUACUUGGAUGAUAUCAUCAUUUUCGGCAAGACACUUGAAGAGCAUGAGCAACGUCUUUUCAAGGUACUGGAUCGACUAGAGGAGGUCGGAUUGAAGGUUUCUAUUGACAAAUGUCAAUUCUGCCAGCCUGAGGUUAGGUAUGUGGGUCACAUCGUUUCUGCUAAUGGAAUAGCUACUGAUCCAGACAAAGUGGAAGUAGUCAAGCAUUGGAAAGAGCCCACUCACCUGAAACCUCUGAAGUCCUUCCUCGGAUUUUGCAGUUACUAUCGAAGGUUCAUUGCAAAUUACUCUGCCAUUGUCCGUCCUCUUUCUGAGCUCACCAAGGGUUAUGCCCCCACUUGGAAAGACCCCAAUUUCAAAAAGAGUGUCGACCCAAGCAAAGUCUAUUUCAAGCCAUCAGAGCUUUUCGGAGAACGGUGGACUCAGGCCUGUCAGGCCGCUUUUGAGCGUAUCCGUGACUGUUUGAUCAAUGCCCCAGUGUUAGCAUUCGCUGACCCCACUAAGACGUACAUCUUACAUGUGGAAGCCAGUAUGAAUGGCCUAGGCGCUGUCCUGAACCAGGAAUAUCCUGAGGGCCUCAGACCAGUAGCUUUCGCCAGUCGGAAGCUUAAAGACUCAGAGCACAACUAUCCAGUCCAUCAAUUGGAAUUUCUGGCAUUAAAAUGGGCUGUCGUGGACAAGUUUCACGAUUACUUGUAUGGAGCUAAGUUUACUGUAAGAACUGACAACAACCCAUUAACAUAUGUGUUGACCUCUGCCAAACUCAGUGCAGUCGGACAUCGUUGGCUCGCUGCCCUUGCCACCUACGAGUUCACCAUCCAAUAUCGACAUGGGAGGCAAAAUAUCGAUGCUGAUUUGUUGUCUCGACAAUACUCUCCAGAGGAGGCUAAAGAGUGGACUAGUGUCCCACCUGCUGGCAUCAAAGCCCUCUGCAAGCGAGCCUGCAUCAGUGGAGAGGCUGAUGUGCCCGACAGUUUGGUGGACCAGUUGGGAGCUCCUGCUGCAGCUGUACCAGAAGCUUAUGUGUUCCCAGUGAACCUUAGCAUGAACGUGCUGGAUCAGCUAAGUCCGAAAGAUAUCCAGGCAUCACAAGACAUGGACCCAACAAUUGGGCCAUUAAAGAAGGCACUGGAAAAGAAUAAAGGGCUGACAUGCUCAAAAAAUGAUUCACCUGAGACUGUGUUGCUCUUACGCGAAAGCCGAAAGUUGGAAUUAAAGGAUGGAUUACUCUACAGAGUAAAAGAAAAAACAUGCGGAAAACAGAUCAAACAACUUGUCUUACCAGCCAGAUACCGCCCAAUGGUGUUAAGGUCUCUACAUGAUGAGUGCGGACACAUGGGAAUGGAACGCACUACCGAACUGAUCAAAGACAGAUUUUAUUGGCCGCGAAUGACAGCUGAGGUCGAGCAGUACAUUCAAACCUGUGGUAGAUGUAUCUCCAGGAAGACACUCCCUCAGCAUGCCUCGCCUUUGAAUCAAAUAACAAGUAAUGGCCCUUUAGAUUUAGUCUGUAUUGACUUUUUGCAGAUAGAGCCUGACUCUAGAGGUGUUGCUAAUGUGUUGGUAGUGACAGACCAUUAUACACGUUACGCACAAGCAUUUGCUACAAAAGAUCAAAAGGCUAUCACCGUUGCAAGAGUAUUGUGGGAGAAGUAUUUUGUGCACUACGGCCUACCUGCACGGAUACACUCGGAUCAAGGACGAGAUUUUGAAAGUCGCCUGAUCAAAGAACUCUUGUCCAUGCUUGGGGUUCGGAAGUCAAGAACAUCCCCCUAUCACCCACAAGGGGACGCACAACCAGAAAGGUUCAGUAGAACACUUUUAGCAAUGCUUGGUACCCUGGACACUGUAAAGAAACAAAGUUGGAGUCAACAUAUCACCCACCUGGUACAUGCAUACAAUUUCAACAAGAAUGAUUCCACAGGAUACUCCCCUUAUCAUCUCAUGUUUGGAAGGGAGGCAAGGUUACCCAUUGACAUCUGUUUUGGGAUCUCGCCAAAUGGUGAAAGUGAAACCUCCUACCAACAGUACGUCGCCAGGAUGAGGAAAGAGUUACAAAAAGCCUACCAACUGGCAUCUGACACUGCUACAAAGAGUCAUCUGAAAAACAAAGCUUGCUAUGACCACCGUGUGAGAGAUUCACCUUUGGAGAAAGGUGACAGAAUUCUCAUUCAGAAUUUGGGUCUAAAAGGCAAGCAUAAACUCCAAGAUCGAUGGAAAUCAACACCAUAUGUUGUUGUGGAGAAGUUGCCUAAUCUGCCUGUUUACAAGGUCAAACCAGAGCAUGGUACAGGUGUGGUAAAAACUCUUCAUCGAGACCACCUGUUUCCCAUCGGGUACAUGGUUAGGUUGUCUAACCAAUCAGAUGAUACAAACUCUGCUCGGAGACCUGUAACAAGAGCUCAACUUACCCGGAAACAUCUAUCAACCAAGUCUGAAGAAAGUGACACGGAGUCCUCAGGCUCAGAGUUUGAAACUGUCCACAAUCCUCCAGAUUUUGAUGUGGAUGAGGUCAGGAAACAUGAUAAAUCAACCUGUGGAGGAUGAACAGAGUCAGAGUUCUGAAGAAAGUGAAAACUCUGAAGAGGAUGACGAAUUUGAAGAGGAAAACUGUGAAGCUGCAGAAAAUCAACAACUUACAGAAACAGAGUAUGAGGAACCGCCUGAAGGUGCUGCACCUCCUCUGUCACACUCUUAUGUCCAAGAGACAUAUACUGAAUCUGCGGAAGAUUUGCAAGAUUCAGAAGAGGGAGCAAGCUCACCUCUGUUAAACAGAGCCAGACGUGAUAAAGCUGCUAAAAGCGCUAGAAGUGAAAGUGAAAGGUCUUCUACAAUCCGGAAAUCCCUGAGAAAACCAAAGCCAUCUAUGAGAUUCACUUAUGAGAAACCUGGUCAUCCAUCUUGUGAACCAGUUACCAUCAUGCACCAUGGCAUGGUCAUCCAACUCAAGUUAAACCCUCCAAACCAAGACAACGAAUCAAGGAAAAAGUCCAAAACAUCCAAAAGGUACAUGGAGGAGGAGAACAAAAAACACCUUUCCAAGUUGAAGAGAGACAAAAGGUGUGAUGAGGACAUCUACACGUUCAGAAGAGGGAGGGUGUAGCUCUGUACAAAAAUCUUCCAAGUUAAAGAGAGACAAAAGGUGUGAUGAGGACAUCUACACGUUCAGAAGAGGGAGGGUGUAGCCCUGUACAAAAACCACAAGUUACAGAGCAUAAAAAAUAAUUAACAGUAUAAUAAAAUGCUGUGUUUAAUGUUCAUAAAUAAAUAGAGUUCAUAAUAAUAAAAUGGGUUAAAAUGUGUGCGGGUUAAAAGCAUAAAUAUAAUACGUUUAAUAAAACUAUUUACAGUUAAAAGAUAAAUUAAUAUAAAGGUCUUUAAGUUUAUCAAGUCUAAAAUAUUUGUGAAUUCAGGAUAUAAAAGAGGAAGAAGCCGUGUUUAUGUUUAACUUAACCUUUUACCUGUCACACGUAAAUCAUUUAAUUUCUGUUUUGUCUUUGGUUGUAUUAAAACUUCACAAGCCAAUCCGAAUAAAGUCUCACCGUGUAAAG